AUGACAUGGCUAGGAACUCUUCAAGUGCUACAGGUCCUUAUAUUAAAAUCAAACAAGUUCCAUGGACCUAUAAGUACGUGUCAGACCAAGUUUUGCUUUCCCAAGUUGCGAAUAUUCGAUCUUUCCUGUAAUAAAUUUAGUGGCUCACUUUCUGCAAAAGGGAUCAAGUACAUGGAACCAUCUCUAGCGUUGGAGUUAUCUGGUAGGUCGUAUGAGGAUUCAGUGAGUUUGGUAAUCAAAGGGCAGGAUAUUGAGCUACAAAGAAUCAACAAGAUUAUGACAACCAUAGAUCUCUCAAGUAACCAUUUUGAAGGUGUCAUUCCGAAAACACUAAAGGAUCUCAGCUCACUUUGGCUACUCAAUUUAUCCCAUAACAAUCUCAUAGGUGCUAUUCCAAUGGAAUUGGGGCAAUUGAAUACGCUUGAAGCUUUAGAUCUCUCCUGGAAUCGGCUCACUGGAAAGAUUCCACAGGAAUUGACAAGAAUGAACUUUUUGGCCUUAUUAAACCUCUCUCAAAAUCAUCUCGUCGGACCAAUUCCUCAAGGUCCACAAUUCAACACAUUUGGAAAUUAUUCAUAUGGUGGCAACCUUGAUUUAUGUGGUCUUCCUUUAACAAAGAAAUGUGGAAUGAGUGAUUCAUCACAUGUUCCUCAACCAGAAGAUGAAGGCGAGUCAUAUUUUUUUAGUGGAUUUAUGUGGGAAUCAAUAGUCAUAGGCUACAGUUGUGCUCUAGUUGUUGGAACUUUCAUGUGGAAUCUCAUAACUAUAUGUCCUAUUACAUUAUAG